AUGGGAAAUUAUUCUGCAGUGACUGAAUUCUUUCUGGUGUGGCUCUCCCAAUACCCAGAAGUCCAGUUUUUUCUACUUAUGCUCUGCCUCACCAUGUACAUGAUAAUCUUCUUAGGAAAUAGUCUUCUCAUUAUUAUCAUUAUCUUAAAUAUGCAUCUCCACACCCCCAUGUACUUCUUUCUUGGAAACCUCUCAUUUUUGGACAUCUGUUACACAUCAUCAUCUGUUCCUCCAAUGCUUAUUGUAUUUAUGUCUGAAAGAAAAUCCAUCCCUUUCUUUGGCUGUGCUCUUCAAAUGGUUAUGACCCUCGGCUUGGGUCCCACAGAGUGUGUCCUCCUGGCUGUGAUGGCCUAUGAUAGAUAUGCAGCUAUCUAACCACUGAGGUACCCCAUCAUCAUGAACAAGGUGGUAUAUGUACACAUGGCUGUGUGGUCCUGGGUUAUAGGCUAUGUGUUUUCCCUAGUACAAACAGUCUUCACAAUGGUGAUGCCUUUCUGUGGUAAUAAUGUCAUUGACCACUUUACCUGUGAGAUCCUGGCUCUUCUUAAACUUGUAUGCUCAGAUAUUUCCAUGAAUGUGCUUAUCAUGACAGUUGCAAGUAUUGUUUUAUUAGUGAUUCCUCUGCUAUUAAUUUUUGUGUCCUAUAUUUUCAUUCUGUCUUCCAUCUUGAGAAUUAAUUCUGCUGAAGGAAGAAAGAAAGCCUUUUCUACCUGUUCAGCCCAUAUGAUGGUCAUCUUAUUCUAUGGUUCAGCUCUUUUUAUGUACAUGAAACCCAAGUCAAAGUACUCCACAGCAUCUGAUGAAAUCAUUGUGCUGUCUUAUGGAGUUGUAACUCCAAUGUUAAAUCCUAUUAUUUAUAGCUUGAGGAAUAAAGAGGUAAAAGAAGCUGUGAAAAAACUUCUGAGAAAACUUUUGCAUCUACAGAAAAUAAUGAAAGUCCUUAGAGGCACAUGA